UCUGUGUGUGCUGAACGCAGCGUCCAGCACCCGGAGUGAGUCACCUGAGAGACUGAAGAGGCUGAGCUGAGUGGGCCUGGCGGACACAGCGGCCAUUUUACAGUAGGUAUCAGUUCCUGUUCCGUUAAAAACAAACAGCCAAAAGUCCUACGAGAACCAUCAACCAGAGGGGCGAGUCGGGGUCAAACUGUUUCUCCCUCCCCAUGUCUCAUAAGGAUUCGAUUACGUCUGUCUCGCUGAAUCAUCAGACUUCAGCAUGAGGAGCUGGAGCAGCAGAUUCAAGGGACAAGAGCCUGACAGUGAGGCCCGGUCCUCCUCCAGUAAGAGAAACUCCAUCCCUGAUCCUUCGGUACCUGUGUGGGUCACUCACACACCCCCACCAGAUGAUAUCACAGAAGAUGGAAACUCAACAGGCCGCACAUCCAGCACUCCACCGUAUGCAGGAGAAGAUGAUGACAAAAAAGGGAGCAUGAAGGACAAGCUGAAGUCCCUCAUCCCUCAGUCAUGGGGGGGCAUCCUCCAUGAAUGGGCAAGAGAGAGCGACUCUGAGACCAGCACGACAGGGAUCCAGAUCUUUCCUAACGGGACCAGGGUGAGUCCUCCUGUAAGUCCACUGCUCGAGCGCAAGAACUGGGCGGGAUCGCUGAGCGAAUCCAGCCAGAACUCCCAUAAGCCUUUGCUCAGGGAGAGCCCCACUGAUGAGUUUGGACGAGGCCCAGGAGAGGAGUCUCUGCUCAGCAGCAUCCACCCUGCAGAGCAAUACGCUGAGAAGCUGGAGGUCUACAGACAGAAGUACUCCUACUUGAAGUCCUGGCCAGGCCUCCUUCGACUUCUGGCUGGACUUCAGCUCCUGUUUGGGGGCAUGGUCUUGGCCUGUGUCAUUGCCUACAUCCAGAAAGACAGUGAGUGGUCCAACAUGUACGGACUCCAUAACGAUGCGUACAACAACGGGCUCGGAGUGUCCGGAUACAGCUACAGAGGCCCCAUGACUCCCUUCGUCCUGGCUGUAGUUGGAGUCACCUGGAUCAUUACCCUCUGUCUCCUGGCGGUGGGGAUGACCAUGUAUUAUCGCACCAUCCUCCUCGACGCCCCCUGGUGGCCUCUGACGGAAGCCUUCAUCAACGUGGCGCUGUUCCUGCUCUACAUGGCGGCAGGGAUUGUAUACCUGAAUGACUUGAACCGUGGGGGGUUGUGCUUCAUGACGAUGGGCGUCAACCCCAUCAUGGCCAACCUGUGUCGGGUUGAUGGGGGACAGAUGGCGGGAACGGCCUUCGUCUUCAUCAACAUGACUCUGUAUCUGGGAAGCUUCCUGGUUUGUCUGAAGAUGUGGAGGCAUGAGGCUGCACGUACGGAGAGAGAGCACUUUGGGAAUAAGCCUCGGGAGGGGUUUCACCAGUCCAUCCCACUGGCCACUACCAAAACAAAACGGAUAUCGUUCAGGGAUGAAAUGGAUAAAUCUCUGAAUAAAGACCAUAUCGGUCCACAUUCACUUGUCCCUGAGGUCCACAAGAACCCAGUCAGUCUGAAGAGAGACACAACGUCUGAAUACACUCACAAAACAUUCAUCAUCGCAGACUACAUCAUGAAGUAUCCAGAGAUCAGCUCUGUGGAAGAACGGGAGAAUUACAAAGCAGUUUUCGGUGACCAGUAUCAGGAAUACAAAGACCUUUACCGAGACAUCAGCACCACGCUCGGUAAGUUCCGAGAGCUGGACACCAUGAUGACAGGAGUCCUCCGAGAGGGACGUAGCCACGAGGAUCGGCGGAGGAUUCAAAGCCUUCUGAAGAAGUAUCGGCAGAAAAAGAGUGACCCUGCCUUCCUGGAGAAGAAGGAACGCUGUGACUAUCUGAAGGCCAAAUUAAGCCACCUCAAAAAAAGGAUCCACACUUUUGACCAGGAGACAAUGACAAACGAUGAAACUGAAGCAUCAUCCACCAUGUAUGACAGCCCCCCGGUCUACAGCCCACCGUACAGCACCGCGUCUCAAAGCUUCUAUCCCACGAGGAGCCUCCACUCCCCUCAGAGCCAGUAUGACUACCAUCUCCCUCCAGACUCCCACCACAUGGAGGGGAGGCCUCAACACUUCUACCGCUGGUUUUCACCACCGGGGUUUGUCAAAACCUUCCAGGGCGCCACCGUGCUCAUGUGUUUCCUCAUCUUUGCCUGCGUGGCUUCCACCCUGGUGUGGGAUAUGAAUGGAUUUGGGUAUGGGGGUUUCGCUGCUGGGGCUACGGGUAGCGGUGCAGGGGCCGGGUCUGGAUAUUACGGUGGCAGCUACGGUUAUGGCGGCUCCUACAUGACGCCACAGUCCGCCAAGUCAGCAAUGAUCUCAAUGGCAGCCAUUAACUUCCUGGUUUCACUGGGCUUCCUGGUGGGGAGCUUCUCGCGGUCCCGGACGAUGAGGGGGUGCAGGUUUUACCUGACUGUGUUCAUCUGUGACAUCAUCUUAGCCGUGCUUCAGGGAAUCAUCGACAUCAUCUUUGUGAUUGGCGUGAACCCGAUGUCUCAGAGCUCACAGAGCAUGUUGUACAACCCCAUGCUGAUGAUGUGCCAGAACAUCCAGGGCAGCCCCAGCUUCAGCGGCAGCGUGGGAGCCGGGUUUCCAGGCGGUUUCCCCAUGUUCAAUCAAUACCUGCACCACUACUGCUACAUGGACCCUGAAGAGGCGGUCGCGUUAGUGUUGGGUCUGAUGGUGGUGCUGGCGUUGUCCCUGUCUGCUUACUUCGCCUACAAGACCCGCAGCAAGAUUUGGCGCCACGGCAAGCCUAACAUCUACUGGGACGAUCCAAUGGUCAGACCAGCGGAGGGGCGAGACGUGCAGGACUGGGUGAACUCUGAUGGAGACAUGCGCAGCAUGCAGCAUGCGCCAACUGUUGUUGCGUCAGAGAGAGGGGCGCCUGACCUCAGGGUGGGGAACAGCGUGGUCUCCUACAGCAACGCCACAGUCAGCCUCCACAGCGAGGGACAAUACAAGAGCAACAGUUUCUCUGCUGACACCUGUAAACCCGUGAGCGCUGAGCCUCUGUACCAGAACAGCAGGGUCACGGUUUACUCCAGCAGCUCCUCGGACGAGCCUGACAGCGUCCGAAAACCUCCUCCUCAGCAUGUGAGGAGGAAAGAGAGGAGAGAUCGAGAGCCGCGGCCCGCUGCUCAGGGGAUGGUUGAGUCCCAGUACGAAACCGGAUACACCACAGGAGACACCGGAAAUGAACUGGACCAGGAUCACACAACUCAUCUCUACAGGCUGUACCCAGAGAUAACUGCAGACGAGCAGCGGCAGCAGUACAAGCUGGAGUUCGACUCUGAUCUUACCCGGUACAAGAGGCUCUGUGCCGACAUGGACAACGUCAGUGACGAGAUGCACAAGCUGAGCCGAGAGCUGGACGCGAUGGACGAGAGCUCCGUGAAAUACCAGGGUGUGGCGGAGGAGUAUAACCGACUGAAGUACCUGAAAAGGACACCGGACUAUCAAGCCAAAAAGAAGCAGAGCAAACAACUUCGACAAAAGCUUUUCCACAUCAAGCGUCUGGUAAAGAUCUACGACCAGGGUCUUUGUUAGUGUCAGCCAUUCGGGUCACACGACCGAGGAUGAACACUGACAGUGCAAUACAGUUUCACUGCUGUUUGAAGUGUAACAGUUCAGCCCAGCCCAACAAGACAAACUCAAUCUCAGCUCUGGCACUCAGUGUUUACAGCCCCUAUGUUAACUUUAUUAGCUUUGCAGCCGUCAGAAUAAAGCGAGCUAUGGACUUUACCCUGUGUGAUUGUAAAUGUCUAACUGGCAGUUUUCAUGUUGGAAUUUUUCGAACCUUGCAUAUUUACCUUUGUUUCAUUUCAGCAGCAGUUGAGAUCAUAUUUUAGGGCCUAAUGAAAGUUUUUUGUAUGAAGAUAGUGUGAAGAUAGACAUGAGCGAGGACAAAGAUGACUGAUCAUGUAAAUAAGAAUUAAAACAAUUGUAUCAAUACA